CCAAUGCAGAAUUUAAUGUUAAACAUCCAAUCAUUUUAGAAAAAUGCCACCUAACAAGCUUAUUAAUAAAAAAUGCUCAUAAGGAAACAUUGCAUGGAGGGAUAAACCUAAUGCGAAACUAUAUCCAAAGAAAGUAUUGGAUUUUCGGGUUGAAAAAUUCGUUGAAAAAGUAUUUAAGAGAAUGUGUAACGUGUGCAAGGUAUAAACAAAAUACAGCUCAGCAAAUAAUGGGUAACUUGCCAAAAUAUAGAGUGACGAUGACAUUCCCGUUUCUUAAUACUGGAAUAGAUUACGCAGGUCCUUAUUAUGUUAAAUGUUCAAAAAAUCGUGGCCAAAAAACAUUUAAAGGAUACGUUGCUGUAUUCGUUUGCAUGGCCACCAAAGCCAUACACUUAGAAAUGGUAAGCGAUCUAACUUCAGACGCAUUUUUAGCAGCACUCAGAAGAUUUAUUGCUAGACGGGGAAAAUGUUCCAAUAUCUAUUCAGACAACGGAACAAAUUUUGUAGGAGCUGCAAGAAAAUUAGAUCAAGAGUUAUUUAAUGCAAUACAAGAAAAUAUAACGAUUGCAGCGCAGCUUGAAAAGGACAGGAUUGAUUGGCAUUUUAUUCCCCCGGCAGGACCUCACUUCGGAGGUAUUUGGGAAGCUGGAGUUAAGUCAAUGAAAUACCAUUUAAAGCGUAUAAUCGGCGACACUAUUUUGACUUACGAAGAAAUGUCAACUCUUUUAUGUCAAAUAGAAGCAUGCUUAAAUUCAAGGCCAUUAUACACUAUAGUUAGUGAGAAGGACCAACAAGAAGUUUUAACACCAGGUCAUUUUUUAAUUGGAAGACCACCUUUAGAAAUAGUCGAACCAAUGGAAGAUGAAAAAAUCGGAAAUUUGGAUAGGUGGAGACUUAUCCAAAAAAUGAAGAAAGAUUUCUGGGUUAAGUGGAAAAGUGAAUAUUUGCAUACGCUCCAGCAAAGGAAUAAAUGGAAAAAGGAAAUUCCUAAUAUAGAAGAAGGGCAAAUAGUUUUAUUGAAGGAUGAGAAUUGUCAUCCUGCAAGAUGGCCUUUAGGAAAGGUGGAAAAGGUGCAUAAGGGGAAUGAUGAUAAGGUCCGAGUGGCUAAAGUAAAGAUGCAGGAAGGAUAUAUCACUAGACCCAUUACUAAAAUUUGUCCCUUGGAAGGAAUAAAGUCUGUUGACAAAAAUGAGGCUGACCAAGAGCCAAAAAGACGAACUAGAGCGACUCUAAAAGUUACUGGGUAGAGUUAGAAAAGAAAAGUAGUUGGUUGUUUAAGGUUCCUGCGAAUUCAAAAGUCCGUCUGCAAUGUACUGGCUCUCAAAUUGAAUUGUUUGAUUUGCCUCAGCAAGGAGUUUUAAGCAUUGCGCCAUAUUGUACGGCAAGAACCGACGAUAAAAUUCUAGUUGCCCACCAUAACAUUCAGUCCGAAAGUGAAGAAUUAUUAUCAACACCUUAUAUAGGAGAAGUUAGUGAAGUGCCGAAGAUUAUUUGGGAUCCGCUGAAACUAUCAAUAUUAAAUCAUACUGAGGAAUUUGAACGAUUGAAUAAUGAAAUUAAAUUUAUGAAAGAGAACCAUCAAAAAUUGA